CAGCGAUGCCCAUCUACGGGGAAUAAUUAGCGUUAAAACCCCCAAUCCCCUGGAGAAAAGCACUGGUUGUAUUUGAGCUGAAAUAAACUACCCAGGGCCAUGGUGACAAAGAAAGUGCGAACUGAGUACAUGAAGAAGUUUAAGGACCCAAAAUGGGACAGUUUCUCCAAAUGUUACGAGGACUGUCUGAAGUACCGCUUGACCCGGCGCGUGAUGGAGGGUGCCCACAGACCCUGGUUCUGGGAGGGCUGGGAGGGCAGUUCUGAGUCCAGUGGGUGGUCCACUCCCCUAGGCAGAGGUAGCCGGGUGGGCCCUCUGUCUGUGGCAUCUCCAGACACGACGGAGGUGACACAGAGGCUGAUGGAGCUGAGGACCACCCCAGGACCCAAGCACUGUUCUGGGGCAGAGGAGUCGGAGGAAGAGACUGGAGGAGGAGGUGGAGCAAAGACAGAUACAGCAGUUGUACAAAACGGCCCAAACGAAGUUAAUGCUAAUGCUAAUGACUCUUCCGCUGUGAAUGGUUUCCACGACGACACACCAACAGACAACGGCCCGAUCGACAGCGCUUCGUCCGAUGGGGAAAUCCUGCAGCCGCGGGCCAGACAGAGGCCUCGGCGGCGCCCCCAGAAAACCGAACCAGGACAGAACCAGGUACAGACCCAGGGCCAGAGAGGGGGGAAGACCAGAGCUAAGAGCCAGCCUCCGGCCAUCAGCAGAGAGAGGGAGAGCAGACUGGACUGGACACAGAAACACAUGGAGGCCAGGAGGACUCCUAUUGAUAGCCACACGUCAGAUGUCUGUGUCCAAACCGGUCGUCCCAGGACUGGCCUCCGCUCUCACAUGAGGAGAACCCGUUCCGCAGACCUGGACAAAAUCCGGAAGAACCAGCUGUCCGUGUCCGACAGUCCCUGGGUCACAGAGUAUAUGAGGUGCUUCUCUGCUCGGAUCAGGUAGAACAGCUGCAGGAACCAAAGGACUGAACAAGGGAAG